ACUCGGUUGAGGGAAACUGAAACUUAAGCUGUUCUUGAGCUGUUGUAUGUUUUUUCUCUAUUGGUGUGUAGGCUACAUGCAGUGAAAUGGCAGAAGCCAGUGUUUCAGUGGAGCAGUUCAGCUGUCCAGUGUGUCUAGAUCUUCUGAAGGAUCCAGUGGCCAUUCCCUGUGGACACAGUUACUGUAUGAACUGUAUUACAGAUUGCUGGAAUCAGGAUGAUCUGAAGGAUGUCUACAGCUGCCCUCAGUGCAGACAGACCUUCACUCCUAGACCUGCUUUAAAUAAAAACACCAUGCUGGCUGAAGUGGUGGAGAAACUGAAGAAGACUAAACUCCAAGCUGCUGUUCCUGCUCACUGUUACGCUGGACCUGGAGAUGUGGAGUGUGACGUCUGUACUGGACGAAAACACAAAGCUGUCAAGUUCUGUCUGGUGUGUCUGGAAUCUUACUGUCAAACUCAUUAUGAGCGUCACGAGGAAUUUCGCUCAGAUAAACCACACAAAGUGACUGAUGCAACUGGACGAUUUCAGGAGAUGAUCUGCCGUCAACAUGAGAAGCUUCUGGAGGUUUUCUGUCGUACUGACCAGCACUGCAUUUGCAUGCUGUGUACGAUGGAUGAACAUAAAAACCAUGACACUGUUUCCACAGCAGCAGAGAGGAUAGAGAAAGAGCAAAACUUGAAGGAGACACAGAAAAUAUUCCAGCAGAGAAUCCAGCAGAGGGAAAAAUAUGUUGAGAAGCUGAGAGAGGCUAUGAAGUCUCAUAAGCAUUCUGCAAAGACAGCAGUGGAGGACAUUGAGAGGACCUUUACUGAGCUGAUGUGCUGCAUUGAGAGAAGCCGCUCUGAGGUGACACAGCUGAUCACAGAUCAGGAAAAGGAUGCAGUGAGUCGAGCAGAAGGACUCUUGGAGCAACUGGAUCAAGAGAUUGCUGAUUUGAGGAGGAGAGACGCUGAGCUCGAGCAGCUUUCACACACAGACGACAACAUCCAUUUCCUACAGAGAUUUCCGUCUCUGUCUGCACCUCCUGAAUCUACAGACGAUGUCAGUUUCCUUUGUUCUUUUGAUGGCAUAACAGAAUCUGUCUGUCAACUGAGAGAGAAAUUGGAGGAUUUCUGCAAGGAGAUAAAGAGGAUAUCGGUCACACACAGCAACACUCUUCCCAGGACCAGAGAGGACUUCCUACUAUAUUCACAGCAGCUCACUCUGGAUGUAAAUACCGCACAUCAAUACCUCCGUCUGUCAGAGGGGAAAAGAGUGGCCACUUACAGUUACAACAAGUAUCCUGAUCAUCCAGACAGAUUUGAUAGAUAUCUUCAAGUGUUGUGUAGAGAGAGUGUGUGUGGACGCUGUUACUGGGAGAUUGAAUGGACUGGGAGUGUGUUUAUAUCAGUGUCAUAUAAGAGCAUCAGCAGGAAGGGAAAUGGUUAUGAGUGUAGAUUUGGACAUAAUGAUCAGUCCUGGGGUUUGUCCUGCUCAUCCUUCAGGUGUUCAUUCUGGCAUGAUACAAUAGACACUGAUCUCCCUGUAGUGUGCAGCUCCUGUAGAAUAGGAGUGUAUGUUGAUCACAGUGCAGGAACUCUGUGCUUCUACAGUGUCUCUGACACAAUGACCCUCAUCCACAGAGUCCAGACCACAUUCACCCAGCCUCUAUAUCCUGGAUUUGGGGUUUAUAAGAGCUCAAAAGUGAAAUUGUGAUCUAACAACAGUAUAGAUCAUAGAGAGAUCAGCAUGAGAAACCAGAUACAGUUAGAUGCUAUUUGGGUCUUAUAUUUUCUAAUCAUUAAAUCAAAACUACGGCUGAACUUCUGUAACACUGAUUGUGGAUGCUUUUGUGUGUCCCUUGAGUUAUUGUCCAUCCUGUUAUGUCAUGACAUUGUGACCUUUAAUAGUUAUGAAACUGUGUCACACACUGGACGUGACAUCAACCAUAAAUUGUGUAACUUGUCUGUUUUACGCUAUUGUUUAAUUUUUUUAUAUGAGUCAUAUGUGGUCUGGCAUAACAUCUCAACAAAUGCCGUACACAGACAUUUUGAGGGGCAGUGGCCCAAACCAUAAAAAAUGGCAUGUUGUUUUGAUAAUUAAAGACAUUAAACUACAUUACUGGAUGCAUGCGUAAACACCCUCUCAACACCCCUUAUGUGACUUAAUGGUUGCCGUUUGGUCACUACACAAGUGAAUAAAUCAGGGGUGUCAAAUUCAUUUAGGCAAAGGCUUGAAAUGGACAAAACCAAUGGCAAGCCGAAUUGACUUUUAUUCAUUCACAGGAUAUGAAUGGUUGAUAUCAACAUUUCCAAUUUUCACUAGUUAAAAUUCUAACUCUUGAUAUCAAGAAUGUAAUUUUCACUAGUGGAAAUGCCAGUUGUUGUAUAUAAUUACAUUGUGUGUUGUGUUGUCAAUAAUUACAUUUGCAGAUUUUUUUUAUAUCUAUAAUUGACAAUUUUAAUUUCUGAUAUCUGUAAUGUAAUUGUUACUAGUAAGAAAGUCUUUUUAGAUAUCAUUAAUUACACUCCAUAUUAUUGAUAUCUGAAAUCCAUUUCCAUUAAUUAAUUUCUUGAUAUCAGGAACUGAUUUUUACUAGUAAGAAGUACACUCUUGAUAUCAAGAAUCAGAAUUUCAACUAGUGAAAAUUGAAUUGUUGAUAUCUGUAAUUACCUUUGCAUAGUUUUGGCGCCCUUUUAACUUUUAAUCACAUGUAGGAUAUGAAUUGUUGAUAUCAACAAUUACAUUUUCACUAGUUAAAAUGCUAAUUCUGAUAUCAGGAAUGUAUUUUCUACUAGUAGAAAUGCAAAUUGUUGAUAUCAGUAAUUACAUUUCCACUAGUAAAAACAUGAAUUCUUGAUAUCAACAAUGACAUCAUCACUCACGGAAAUACAUUCUUGAUAUCAAAAAUGGGAUUUCAGCUAGUAAAAACCGUCAUUCUUGAUAUCUGUAACUGAAUUCUUACGUGUUAGAAAGGAAUUGUUACAUGUUAAAAUUUCAUUUUUACUAGUUAAAAUGGUCAUUUCAGAUAUCAUAAAUUCCUUUUUGGAUAUGUGCAUAAUAAUGAGUAGUACUUACGCAUUCCUUCGUAUACUUUUAUUUUUCAUAUCAACACCACAAGGUGUAUAUUAUUUUUAUAUAUAAUUAAAUUGUAUGAUUUUGUAAUGUGUAUCGAGAUAUAUCCAUCUGCAGAGCCGCAGAGCCACAGCAGUUUCAGGACUGAUGUGUUGUUAGUAGAUUAGCCCCAUCUACCGUUUGGAGCAUAAUUUCUUUCAUUUGUUUGCUUUUGCGAUUUUGAUUUGAUUACUAUCUAAAACAUUUAAUGGUAGCCUUUUCAAUACUUUUCAAUAAGGUUCCAUGUGUUAACAUUAGUUACAGUAGGUUUCAUGAAUUAGCAAAGAACAUUUUUUAACAGCAUUUAUUAAUCACUGUUAAUGUUAAUGGAUAAAACAUUGUUCUUUGUUAUUUUAUAUUUUAUGAACUAAUGUUAAAUUUACAACUUCUAAUUUUAAAAAUACAUUAGUAAGUGUUGAAAUUAAUAUUAACCAAGAUUAACAAAUGCUGUUAAAAUAUUGCUCAUUGUUUUUCAAGUUGACUAAUGUUAACAAAUGAAACUUUAUUGUAAGGUGUUUCCCAUUUGACUAUAUUAUAUGUGAUCAUUUGAUUUCCUUCCUGUUCAUAAAGUUACAAAGAGUACUUAAAAUUGACACAAAGAAUGGGCAUUUAAUGUCAUAUGUAUUUAAUCCUAUCAAAUUCAAAAUAAACUUUCAAUAAACAUUAAUUACAAAGCCUAACAAAACAUGUACAUUGCAAAAUUAAAAAAAGAAAUUACAUCAUAAGAAAUCUAAAUAAUUAUAAAUUAAACUAAAAUAAUGAUUUAAACAACAAAAGUUUGAGUGACUCAAAACAAAAGCAUUUUUAAAAAAUACAACCCGAAUGCUAAUCGAACUGUUUCCAGAAUAAUAUUCGUUAUGACAACCAAUUUAAGCUUCUAUAAGAAUAAUAAUAAAUACAUGUAAAGAGAUCCAGUAGUUGGCAGAUAAACACUUUGCUUAAUAAAGUAACUGAUUACCAAAAAUGCUAGAUUUAAUAAAACUUUACAUAGACAACAACUUACCGUGCUCUCCGACAUGAUUGUUCUGUCAUUGUUCUGUCAACAUCAGUCCGUAGACUGUGGGCCUGAAACUGCUGUGACUUAAGGCCGAUUUAGACUUGUGUGUCAAACCUACAGCUCUGUGGCUCAGCAGAUGCAUACUAUUGUGUGUAAUGUAUCUAUGUGCUGUUGAUAAAUGUAUGAAAACAUGUUCCAUCUCUUUGCAUAAAAUCAUAGGCUAAAUUAAUGUUUGGGUAUUAGGAACAAAGAGGAGUAGACAUAAAAUUCUAACAAACAUGGUACUACGUGAACUAGAAUGAGCUCACCUGGUGUGCCUAUGUGUGUAAAUAAUGGUUUUCACAUUUUACUUUUUACUUAACCUUUGAUAAAAUAAAUUGGCUAAAUCCUUUGAUUUUUUUUUUUUUCGUUAUUAUUUUAUGCACUUUAGUUUAAAAUGGAAUGCACUAAUUUAACAGCCGGUGCCUCGUUUCCCAAUAACGAUUGAUCUUAGCGGUUAAGGUGUUUUCUACAAGCGAUUUUACAAAUGUUCAUUAUUUUUUAACUGCUCUUAACAUGAACGUGUGAGGACGCAGUUUAAGUGCUACUUAAGAGAUGCUGUCCAUAAACGUGAAGUGUUGAAAUGUGACCGUAUAGUGCUGCUCGUCAUUGCAACUUCAUUAUGUGUGCGCGUAACCUUAAAAACGAUUGUAAUUUACCUCUCUGGAAAUAUUUAAAAAUAUUUUCUUAAAUGUACAACUUAAUUCAACACAUAAUUGCAUUUUGUUUUGCAGAACGAUAUAUUUCUUUUACACAAUCACUGCUUUGUUCAUCAGAUGUGCAUUUUAAUAUUUUGUUUUUGAAAAUGUUCUGUGGUUCGAGAUUAAAGCUUCCAGGAUUAGUGAAGACAGCGGAGGCCCUGUGUAUGGUCCUACAAAUGACAACAAGCAUUAAUUUAAUAUAACGAGGUUCACUGUGUUAUUGCGGAGCGCAAAAUAAGGAGACGCGUGGAAGCUGCGUUUUAGGGACAUUUACCAAUCAAAGGGGGAUCUGCUCUUUACUCCAAAAAAAUGAUAACUGUAACAGCAAUGCUACACAACACAUGGUGCGGGCGAGAGUGCCCUUGUGUCAGAGAGGAAGAGGAGACAAUAUACUGUAUGGACAACUUUCAUGCACAGCAGCAAGUUAUUGACUUUUCCUUCUCUCUCUGAUUGUAAUUUUUACAGUUCCCUGCAACAAUCAUGCCACCACUUUGUUGUUACCAACUAGUCCACAAAUAACUUUUAUUUGUUUACUUAUUAAUUUAUCUGUUCAUCCAAUAUUGACUAACCAUUUUACGCAUUCAUUAUUAUUGUCAUUAAUCUUUUCGGUUAAAAAAUAAAUAAAAUAAAACGAAUGUAUAUUGAUAUUAAAUGAGCAUAAAGUGAAGCUAUAGUUGUUUAAACUGUAUUAGGUGUCAUUUCGCAUUUGUCCUGCAGGUGUCUGCGUAAGUCUGUGUCCUUACGAUGCUCUUAGCACUGUACGAUUACUCCAGAGCACUCUUUAAUCUACAAGCAUUUUCAAGUACUACUUAAGUUACAAUGCUUUUGGGAAACGGCCGCAAAUCUAAGAUGAAUCGUAAGAUGGAUUCUACGAUUCACUUAGGAUUACAAUGCUUUUGGGAAAUGAGGCCCUAGAAUGUUCUUUUCAAUAAUAACAUGGUGCUGUCGGGUUUAUCUGUCUCGUUGCGGCAUCUUGUGGACUUAGGAAACAACAUCAAUUUAAAUAUCUGGUGACUUGAAAAUACGAAUUUACUGGUAAAUUUUAGAAUUCUAGUCUCUUAGCUCUGUUGACAGCAUUAACAAUUACCUUGGCUAUCUAACUAA